CUGGCUUUGAGGGUGUCCCCUCGGUGCCCCCCAACCCGUUCACGGAUUUUGCAACCUCCGGAGGCGAGAAGGGCCCGGUUAUCUAUGUCCGCAACCUGCCCUGGUCCACCUGCAAUGAAGAUCUGGUCGACCUGUUCUCGACUAUUGGAAAAGUAGAUCGUGCAGAGAUUCAGUACGAGCCCAAUGGUCGCUCUCGCGGCACGGGUGUGGUCCAGUUUGACAACGCAGAGACGGCAGAAACUGCAAUCGCCAAGUUCACCGGUUAUCAAUACGGUGGCCGUCCACUCGGUAUCACUUUUGUCAAGUACAUGAAUGCGGGAGCUGGCCCCGGAGACGCCAUGGAGGGUACCGAGCCCACUGGCGGUAUCACGCAGGACCAGAUCAUGUAA